AAAGUGGGGAGGUGGGCAUGGGGCUGGUAGGGGCUUGGAGCCUGGCUCUUGUUCGGGCGGCUCCCGGGUGGGGUGGGGGGGCCGCUAUGUCAGGCCCGCCCGGGUCUGGAGCGUCCCUCCCUGACCCCGGGUAGUACCCGGUCGGGCUCGGUGAGCGCUGAGCCGGCGCCACGAAGCUGGCUCGGCUCUGCCCGGGGCUCUAGGCCCACAUGAGGGGCGGAGAGGAGGCAGUGCGGCUACCGAUAAACCGUGGUACAGCCCAGAGUGGAGGGCCCAGAGGAACAGGUAGGGGCAGAGUGGAUUCGACAUCCCCCAGGCUUGUGGCGGCAGGGGAAGCACACGUGCAGAUGCACAGGCAUGAGCCAAUUCUGAGGCAGAGGUGGCCCAGCACAGAGCGCUGUGUGCGGCGACGAAUGGCCAGAAUUUCCACGACUGGUUUUACAGAGCUGGUUUUGUUUGAGGAGUCAGUGACUUUCGAGGAUGUAGCCAUCUACUUCUCUGAGAAUGAAUGGACCGGCCUGACCCCUGCUCAGAGGGCCCUGUACAGGGAUGUGAUGCCGGAGGAUUAUGGGGCCGUGGCUUCCUUGGCAUUUCCAUUUCCCAAGCCGGCUCUGAUUUUCCAGCUGGACGAAGCACCGUGGAGCUUGGCUCCUCAGGGAGCUCUGGAUGGAGAGGGCCCGAGGAGCAUCUCCUCAGAGUCUGUGUCCAAGAGUGAGAAAGAAGGUUUUAUUCUGAAGGAGGAUACUUUUGAGGAGGCACAGGACCACAUGGUGCUAUCAGGUGGACCCCAGUGCUGUGGUUCCCAGGAAUUCUGGUUUGGAAAAACCUGUGAAGAGGAGAAAAGCAGGUUAAUGAGAUGGCCUGCCUACCCCAAUAGGGAAAGUGUGGAGAACACUACAUGUGACAUUAUAGAAGUGAUUGUCAAGGAUGAGAUGACCUCAGUAGGAGAGCAUUUGAAAGAUGCUGAUGUUUAUACCCACCUUGUACCUCAGAAAAGUCUACAUGAGCAGGUAUUCUAUAUAUGUGAAGAAUGUGGCAAGUGUUUUGUUCAAAAUGAAGACUUUGAUCAACAUCAGAGAAUUCAUAUUGGGAAGAAAGUCUGUGGAUGUAAGGAAUGCGGGAAGACUUUCAGUUUCAGAUAACACUGCAUUGUACAUCAGAGGACUCACACUGGGGUGAAACCCUACGUUUGUCAAGAAUGUGCUAAAGCCUUCAUUUGGAAGUCAAACCUGAUUGGGCACCAGAGAAUUCACACUGGAGAGAAACCCUUUGAAUGUAAGGAAUGUGGGAAGGGCUUUAGUCAGAACACAAGCCGUACACAACAUCAGCGAAUCCACACCGGGGAGAAACCAUAUACAUGUAAGGAAUGUGGGAAAAGUUUUACUCAGAACCCAGUCCUUCUUCGACAUCAGAGAAUCCACACCGGGGAGAAAGCUUAUGAAUGUAAGGACUGUGGGAAAGGCUUCAUGUGGAAGUUGGAUCUUGCUCAGCACCAAUGGGUCCACACUGGAGAGAAGCCUCAUGAAUGUAUUGACUGUGGGAAAAGCUUCAUUUGCAAGGCACACCUUGCUCGUCAUCAGAGAAUCCAUACUGGGGAAAGACCCUAUAAAUGUAAUGACUGUGGGAAGGCCUUCAGUCAGAAUUCUGUUUUGAUUAUGCACCAGAGGCGCCAUGCUAGAGAGAAACCCUAUAACUGUCAGACUUCUCACUUUCUUGAACAUUAGAGAAUGCAUAAUGGUGAUACUUGUUUAUAAUUCUUAUGCUACAGGAACCCCAGCCACAAGAUGAGAUGACUGCCCACAGUUUGCUGUAACUGUAAUAGCCAGUAUUGUCUUGCCCCUUCUCCUGAGUGGAUACCCUGUCCUCUAGCAAGACUGGUCUCUCUGUUCAGCCAUACUCAUACUAGGCAACAUUUAGUUGAGCACCUACUCUAUUUCAGGUACUGUGCUAACCAUUUUACAUACAUUCCUUAACUUUUCUUAAUCCUAUAAGGUAGGUACUCUUAUCCUCAUUUUACAAAUGAGAAAUCUGAGGUUGAAAGAGGUUAUAAACUCAUUCAAGUUCACUCAGGUAGUAAAGUUUAGAGUUAAGAUUGGAACCAGGCCUAUCUGACUCCCGAAUCUAUUGUUCUUUAUCUGUGCACAUUUCUGCUUCUGCCUGUUUUUAUUUGCUCAAAUUUCCCUGGGCUAAAAGUCUCCUUUCCUCAUCUAAGACUCAGCUCCUUCAGGUGAACAGACCUCUCUUCGUUUUCUAAUUGUAGUCAGUACCACCCAAGUUGGUAUUUAAUUAUGUGCUAUCUUCUAUUUUUUCUAAUAGUCUCAUGCCUGUUAGUCUGGCUAAAUGACUCUUUGAGGACCAACACUGCAUUUCUUUAUGUUUUUCAAAUUUUGAAACGUAUUUAUUUUUGACUAGCUAUAACAUACUCAUGAUAAAAAAAAAUUGAAAUAGUUCAAAAAGGUGUUCAGUGAAAAGUAAAUUUCCUUGUCACUCCUGUCUUCCAGUCCUUCUCAGAGACAAUGCGUUGGUUCUGUGUCUUUCUGGGUACAUGCCCGCACAAGUAUUUAUUAAUACUACUUUCCAUAAGUCUACCCCACUUAAAACCAUAUUUGAUAUAGUGAUAUUGCUAUUACUUUGCCAACUCCAGGACCUUCUCUUCCUCAGAAGUUGUUGGCCUCCUUUAGGUCACUAAGGUAAAUUAAGGAAAGCAAUGGAGACAGUCUGGGUUGUGCAGUCUUGGGAGACCUGAUUGCCCUUGUGUUAUAAGAGAGUACUCUGGGACUGGGAAAAUGUAAACCAACGGAAUUUUUUUUCAUAAAAAUUUGUAGAGCUACAACCCCUCUCAUAGCACCACUAUCCUAAAUUCUCUCCUAGUCUGUCCCCUUCUCAUCACCAUAAUACCUACGUCCCAAAGUAAGCUGUGGGGCUAUCACCAAAGGAGGGAUAAGUGGUCACUUCACGCUCCUUUGGGUAUCCUCAAUCAGCAGUGGCAAUAUAAUCCAGUAUCUUGGUGUCAGGGUGACAAAUGCCCUGCAUACGUCCAUGAUCAAACAUAAAUGCUAGGCACUCAUAGAUUCUACGCAGCAAGUAAGGGGAAGGUGAAGCAUUCCAAAAUUAACUUGAUUACAGACUUGAAAUCAAGUCUAUAAAAUAAAAUAUUUUU